CAAAAGUCUCACCUAAAAGAAACCAAACGAUUUAAUUUACUACAAGACAGAUUAAGUUAUAUUCGGAGGCGAAAUUACAGGAAAACUCGCUGCAAGCAGCGCAAACAGAGCGAGAAUCGGACAGGAUUAAAGGCUCUUGAAACGAAGCAAACACUUCAUGGAGGUCAAACAUGAGCUCAUUGCUGAGGAGGGAGACUUUUCUAUCUCCUUUUGUAACAUCUGCUUUAGAAAAGGUUUGUUUUCUGAGAAAUCUGUGGCGAAAACGUGGCGGAGAAAACACAAAGUUUCGCAGCUUUUCUAAGCGGCAGCGGAGGAGCAGGCUGGGUUGUUUCUUCACGGUUCUCAUGUGUGUUAUAAGUCCCGCCUCCCGCUCUGAGCUCCUCACGUUCAGAGAAACAACACAGUCCGAGAAACAUGGCAGAAGAAGCUCCAGCAGCUGCACCGGUUAAGGCUCCGGCCAAAGCCCCGAAGAAGAAGUCCGCUCCCCGGGCCAAGAAGGACGGGCCCAGCCUCCCGAAACUCCUCGUGGCCGCUGUGGCCGAGUCCAAGGAGCGCAAGGGGGUGUCCCUGGCGGCUCUUAAGAAGGUGCUGGCCGGGAAAGGAGUGGAUGUGAGCAAGGCGAACAAGCGCAUCAACACCGCCAUCACCACGCUCGUCACUAAAGGGACGCUGAGCCAGACUAAAGGGACGGGGGCUUCCGGCUCCUUCAAGCUCGCCAAGGAGCCUAAAGCCGCUAAACCAGCCAAGAAGGUGGUGAAGAAGAAGGCUCCCGUUAAAGCGAAGAAGCCCGCUGCCAAGAAGACCACCGCGGCCAAGAAACCCGCCGCUAAGAAGCCAGCAGCCAAAAAGACCCCGAAGAAGGCUCCGGCCAAGAAGGCGGUGAAAAAGCCCAGCAAGAGUCCCAAGAAGCCCGCCGCUAAGAAGCCAAAGGCCGCCAAGAAGCCCGCAGCCAAGAAAACUCCAGUGAAGAAACCUGCAGCCAAGAAGCCCGCAGCAAAGAAGGCCAAGAAGUAAACAGCUGCUACAGCAGCAAAAAAGGCUCUUUUCAGAGCCACCACACUUUCUCCUGUGGAGCACAUCCUGUCAUUAGAGAGACUCAUUCAAUUAAAUACCACUGCAAUAGUUUCAACUAGUUGAGCUGCCUAAAAGCCUCCAACAUCCUUCUACAUUUUACUCUAUAGACCAACAGCAUCAUCUAGAUUCACUUGGAUUUAUUGUCCGGGUCCAUUUCAUCAGUAGUGAUGAGAAUUCUGCUUCUUAUCAGGGAUCCAUAUGAUUUGGCUCAACUCCAUAACAGAUUCUGGUUCCUUUAGCUGGAACUCUUAAUAUUUGACCUGACUUUUGAUAAUACACAUCAAUGCUGACACAGUUUCAUAAAUAUUUUGUGUUUCAUGUGUUGGAAAUGUGUAAACAACGGAAGGACUGAGCCGACUCCCAUAAGUCAUGUAAAUGAACUGGCACAUGGAGCCGGUUCUGCCGCAACAGGCACAUUUCCUCAUUCAGCGGUUUAUUUGACGCAGAUGAGUCCACGCUCCCAAAACAACUUGUGUAAACAUGAUGGCGAAGUGCAAAAACAUUAUUAAAGAAAUCUAUUUACAAUGA